CGUGCAGCAUGACGCGCGCUCUCUGGCUCGAUGGCCUGCGGGGCAUCGCGGCGGCCAUUGUUGCGACAGACCACUACUUCAUGGGCGCCGUUCUGCACGCCGGCUUCAGGUCCUUCUGGGCGGACCCCCCCGAGGAGAACCGCCUGCUGUAUCAGCUGCCUCCCUUCCGUCUGUUCUUUGCUGCCCACGCCAUGGUGCCCUUGUUCUUUGUCAUCUCGGGCUACGCCAUCUCGAUCAAUCUCAUCCGGGUGAGAGCCAGCAAUAACAGCGAAGGGCUCCUUCGCCGACUCGCUUCGGCGGUCACGCGCCGCGGCUUGCGCAUAUAUCUCCCGGUCUUCUGCAUCACGGUCAUUUCGCAGAUGCUCUUCUUUCUCAACCUCUACUCAUGGGAGCCCGGUGAUGAGGUUGUCUGGGGAAGAAAGCCUUGGACUGCACCGUGGUUCCAUGUUACCUUUGUCGUUCGGUACAUGCUGGACAACAUCAACAUCCUCGCCAUCCAGUACAAUGGGGGUCUUAACGGCCAGCUUUGGACCAUGGCCCUCGAGUUCCGCGGGUCUUGCGUGGUGUAUCUCCUCGUCCUGGGUCUGGCGUUCUGGAAGCCGAGGCCCCGACUUUGGGCUCUUUGGGCUUCGAUGGCCUACUGGUUCUACUUUGGCUUCUGGGAUGUCAUGGGAUUCUUGGCAGGCUACUGGCUGGCCGAGCUGCAACUCUUGUCGGAGUCUCAAACUGUCAGCACUGAGACGGAGUAUCCAUUGUGGCUCAAACCGUAUAUCCCGGUCCAGGCGCGGUCCGUCAACUUCAGCACCAUCCGAACGUAUGCCAUGUUCGUCGUCGGCAUCUGGCUUCUCUGCUUGAGCGACGACGGUGCCCUCCCACCGGGAUAUCAGUUCUUGCAGAUUGCUGAAUCCUCACGAUGGGAUGGAAACUGGGGGAUUAUUGACAAGACGUGGAAAACGGUUGGCUCCGUGCUGGUUGUGUCUGCCAUCAGCACCACCAAGCAACUUCAGUCCCCCCUCAACUCGAAGUUUGUACAGUAUCUGGGGAGGAUCUCCUUUUCGCUGUACCUCGUCCAUCAGUCCAUUUAUCACUUAUUCAGCGACCCUGUCAGACGUGCCUUGUGGUACAUAGCCACAGGGGGAUCGGAGCCGGAGGAAGGCACUGGUUAUUAUGAGGUUGCAUCCGCAUUCCGUUGGAUAGGGGGCUACAUCAUCGUCACAGUGAUCAACCUGUAUGCGGCCAAUUUGUGGACGAGAUUCGUGGACGAGCGAUGCAUAAAACUUGCAAAGCAGUUUGAUCAAUGGGUCUCGCAGUAA